AUGGAGAAAGAACAGAGGAUAAGAGAUCUACACUUCGAGUACUGGAAGAGGAACAGGACAUUUAUGCACAAUAAGAUCAUCAACCAUUUUCUCGAAUGGCCAUGUCAUACUGUUGAGUGGCUUCCUGGUAAAUGGAAGCUAUCUGACCGAGAAUGUUACGUUCACCAGUUGAUUCUUGGCACCCACGCUACCCGGAAUGAGCCCAAUUUUCUAAUUGUUGCCGACGUUCUGUUUCCUGAAGAUGAAUCUGAUCUUGGUGGCAUUGGCUGCCGCAGUGGCAAGGUGGAAGUACUUCGGAAAAUACUGCAUAAAGGAGUGGUUAAAUGUGCUCGUCACAUGCCUCAGAAUACAAGUUAUAUAGCGACCAAGACUGUUAGUGGAGAAGUCCACAUAUUUGAUCAUGUAAAAUACCCAUUAGAGCCUGCUCCGGAUAGUGUACUCACUGAACAAGAAGGUCCAGAAUUGAGGUUGCUUGGCCACAGAACUAACGGGUAUGGUUUUUCACAUGAUAAAUUAUCAUGGAGCAAGUUGAAGAAGGGUUAUUUGCUCAGUGGUGCUGAUGAUUCUCAAAUAUUUGUGUGGGACAUCAAUGCAACUCCUAACAAUGUGGCACUUCGGUCCACGCGGAGGUUUACGGGUCAUAAUGGUGCUGUACAAGAUGUAGCAUGGCAUAUGAAGAAUGAGCACUUAUUUGGGUCUGUUGGUAGUGAUAAAUGCCUAUCAAUAUGGGAUCUUCGGCAACCCGGCAGCCCUGUCCAAUCUGUUGUGGCUCACCAGGAUGAGGUCACUUCUUUAUCUUUCAAUCCCUUUGACGAACGAACUUUGGCGACUGGUUCUGCUGAUAAGAUGGUCAACUUAUAUGAUCUGCGCAAUGUUAAUAAGGCAAGAUACACAUUUACCGAUCACAGGAACGUUGUUAACCAAGUUGAGUGGAGCCCCAAGAAUUAUAAUCUCUUAGCUUCUGUUUGUAAUGACAGAAGGUUGAUAAUCUGGGAUCUUAGAAGGAUUGGUACUAAACAAAAAUUCGACCAGAUUUUUAAAGGUCCACCAGAGUUGCUCUUUGUUCAUAUUGGUCAUAAGAGCGCCAUUAAAGAAUUUUCAUGGGAUCCGAAUGGCGAUUGGGACAUUGCUAGUGUAGCCGAAGAUAACGACCUUCAAACAUGGAAGAUCACAAAUGAUUAUGACCAGGGAAGAUUGUUGUCAAGGUCAUAUCGAUUCUGA